GGGAGCGCAAAGCACGCCGGGACCGGUUGGAUUGGUUUUGAAGGCGUGAUCGGCGGGAACUCUCACACCUGCGUGGACAAGAGAACUGAGCGAGGCUGGGUAGGUCUCGGUGGACAACUUCCUAGGAAGGCUCUUGGGAAUCUGAGGAGAUGGAGCCGGCAAAUACUUUACGUCGAGACCGCGAUAAAGGAGGUGUUUUAGCUCACUUGGAAAGACUAGAGACCCGAGUAAACAGAUCCCAUAAACAAUCGGAAGAGCUACAAAGAGCGCAGGCAGCAGAAAAUGCUCUUGGAACCAAGAUUCAUAAACUGAGAUAUCUGCGAGAUAAGCUGAGGGCUGAAGUGAAGCACCGGCAAGUGAGUAGAAAGGUUAAAGCAUCUAUUGCCAAUGUAGAACCCGACCAAAUAGUAGACACUAGUGGGAAAGAAGUUUUGGAAAGGAAACUGGAAAAUGUGAAAGCUACUCUGCAGGCAUAUCGUUUUACAGGGAUCAGUGCUAAACUGACCAGCCGAGGAGUCUGUGUCUGCAUCAAUACUGCCUUUGAGGGGAACCUACUGGAGUCCUAUUUUGUGGACCUUGUCAUACAGAAACCACUCUGGAUACAUCAACAUUCAGUCCCAAUCUUCAUUCCUCUAGAAGAGAUAGCUGCAAAAUACUUACAGACUGAUAUUCAGCACUUCCUGUUCAGUCUCUGCGAGUAUCUAAAUGCUUACUCUGGGAGGAAGUACCAGGCAGAUCGACUUCAGAGUGACUUUGCAGCCUUUCUGACUGGGCCCUUACAGAGAAACUCACUGUGCAACUUGCUGUCAUUUACUUACAAACUGGAUCCCAGGGAUCAGUCUUCCCCAUUUUGUGCCAGGUUGCUGUAUAAAGACCUCACAACAACUCUUCCAGCUGACGUCACUGUGACAUAUCAAGGCACAGAAGCAUUGUCCACUUCAAUGGAAGAACAACGAGCAUCCCAUGAAACUCUCUUCUGUACAAAGCCCCUCCAUCAAGUGUUUGCUUCAUUUGCAAGAAAAGGAGAAGAAUUGGAUACGAGCCUUGCCUCCUAAAAUAUUUU